AUGACGCCUACCCACGAACGAGUAUCAAUGCACGCCUACAAGCUCCUGACAGUGCUCGUCACAUCUACCUUCGUGGUCGACGCGUCGCGCAUUUCCUUCCGCCAGACUGAUCCAAUGCAAGGGCCGUGCAAGGCCGACUGUGCCAAUCUCAUGGCCAAGGCGCCACAGAUCCAAAGUGGCGUGGCGUGCAACGCGGACAUCCUCGCAGCGAUGAACAAGUGCGGCACGUGCCUCCUCAAGACCCAAGGCGACUCCACGGACGGCUCGUUCUUGAACAUUCAAGACAUCUGCAAGAACGGCCUCAGUGCCAGUGUGUUCUCGACUAGUAUCGAGAGCGUGGCGACGGACAACAUAUCGCACUCCGCAGGCGGCGUGAUCACGAGCUCGGCUGUCUCCAAGGUCCCGAGCUCAGCUGCGAGUGCCACGCCCGUCUCUGAAACUGCUGGGGCAGGUGUUGAUGGGGACGCGAGCACCCCAAGCAUAGCCGCGACGGACACAGCCGGCCCCGGCAGUACAACGGCCGGGGCAACACCCGGCCCCGCGAAUGGGGCAGGCACCUCCAGCGCCGGUCGUACUCCAGCUGGUGCCUCCGCCACCGCCUCAAAGAGUCAGAAGCCCUCGGCGGCAUCCCGCCGCUCGGUCGGCGUUGUGGCUGUAGUCGUCGCCUUCAUAGCUUCCGCUGUGUUUUGA